AUGACAAUAAAAUCUAUCAACCUGUUGGGAAACCGUUUAAACAAAUUGGUCACGAGCCAUAAAGCGACGGCAUUUAGGGAACCCAGCUUUCAUAUACAACCCUUCAUUCUGAUUUUAGUGGAGCUGAAGAGCGCAGUCAUGCUGAAUUUCUGCCUGUGGACAACUCUUCCGUGGAUUGCCCUUGGCCAAACGUACUACAUGAGCUUUGUUUUCAACAACUACGCAAACUCUAGAAUAGGUGCACCACAACUGGGAUUCAUGGACCCACAAAAUCAGCAAAUGCAAGGAGGAGUUCCACCGAUCAAACAGUUCGAAAACUCUGGCAACGAAGAAACUUUAGAAUUAGAUUCUAUGGAACAUUCUCAAAAAUCUGACGAAGAAGAAACUUUAGAAUUAAGUUCUAUGGAACAUUCUCGAGAGUCUGGUAAAAAACAUAAAAGAAAUCAUAAUAACAUUAAACCUAUUGUAGAGGACAGAGACUCAAGUGAAACGGAUGAAAUUUUCAUGUGGCAAACAACCCCGGAAAUACGUCCUAAAAAUACGAGGCGUAAAAAUAAAACAACCCAGACAACGACAAUUGAAACUCCUGAAAUGCCCACUGAAAUUACCACAGAGUCCUUAAAAGUCACUGAAAUUGAUACAGAGAUAACCGAAGAAAAUUCCAUUCCAAUUCCGGAAAUCACAACAGAGAGUUCUUUUACAGAUAAAGAAAAAGAAGCGAAGAAAUGGGAUGAAGUGGUGACACCACAUCCCCCGGAAUUUUUCGACUAUCCGGAGGCAACUUGCCACGAGGACAUGGAUUUGCACGAGGUUUUUGGCAUUAGACUCGAAAGAGAUAGGGGUUUGCCCACCAAAAUACUGUGUGAUUUUAAAAACCAGUGGGGAGGUCCUUGGUUGCUGAUGACGCGAAUCGAGCUCCCCGUUCGAAUUCACCUGCGUCACUGGUACUUUGGCUACGUGACUCCCGAUUACAAGGACAUUAACAUCAACUUUCUGGCCCUGGCCCACAUUAUGAACUCGAUGCGAACAGCCAUGCUGAUAAUUGGCCAGGAUAAGGACGACAAGUUGGUUUAUAAUCUGUACGACGAUGUGGUAAUUUCGGCCUUCAACGAUUUGUUCAUGAUGCGCAAAGCCGAAUUGGUGGAGGCCAACACCACGGAGCUGUUGUUUGUAUCCGUUGGGAAAGUGAUGAGUUCGUAUGGCGGAACGAACCGAUCGUGUCCUUUGCAGGUCCUUGGCAGCUGGUGGGGUAACCAUGCCCUACACAAAAUGUACGAGGGAUUUUUCUGUGUCUUUCCAAAGGAUCGUGAUAUUUCAAAACCUGGCUAUGUGGCAAUCUUUAUCAAACCCAGUGUCUUCCCUGCCAACCACACUGCACUUUACAGCAGUCCCAUUACCACUCGUCGGCCCUGGAACAUGAACUUUAACUCUCGGACUGGAAAUAAUGAUACAGUUAGGAAUUCAGCGGGGUCAAAAAUAAAGGCAAGAAGCGAUUGGGAGCGAAACAAGCAGGCUGUGAAUAAGGAGUUGGCCCGCCGAGCGAGGAUAUUUGAGACAAUAGACCGACUCAGAAUGGAGGAAGGUCAACGCAACAAGAGAAUAUGGUAAUGGAUAAAGAGGGUAUAGAUUUAAGAUCUCUUAAACUUGGAAGGAGACUUCUCUAUUACUAAAGACUGAGAAGUUAUAAAAAACUCAUAGCUUAAGAUAAUACAUUUUUGUGAAAGAUAUGUUUGAUAUAAUUUUCCACUUGUAAUUAAACUUAGUGUUGUAAUAAGUUAAUAAAUUAUUUUGAACGGAAAA